AUGCCGUCGCUCUCCAGGUUCUUCAAAGGCCGUGAUCUAUCGUCUAAGAAAAGCGCAAAACCACUUGUCAAUGGCAACACUGCUCCGAUAACACCGCAAUGGAGUGAUGCUUGGAUACGCACCCGGGUGGACCCAGAAGAAGUAGUAGAGCUACUUUCGGGAUGUACGCGGGAACUGAAGUCAAGAGCGCUUGAUCUGCCUUUCAUCCUGCUACCGUUUCGUCCAACCUCCGAUCCCAGCGCUGCCAGAGCCUUCGUUCGAAACUAUUUCUUCCCGCCGGCAGAUCGAGAAGUACUCAAAGGAGAAUCAUUGACAAGAGAGCUCCGUUUGAUUGAGCCGAUGGUCUUAGCAAGCGUCAUGAAAUGGUGCUGGAGCCGCCUGCCAGGUGGGGUAGUUACAUGGGAAACAUAUGAGCUAUUCAGAAUUGGCGAAAAGGAUUCCGCUCUUGCAAGAGAUGCGUUCGCGACAUUUAUACCCAUGAGCGUCGAUUGCGAAGCCCGCAGACAAAUCGUAUUUGACUUCUUCGACUUGAUGGCAGCUCUUGCUGCGCACGGGAAAUCCAAUGGUCUGGGAGGGCGCAAACUCUCGAGAUAUGCCGGAUGGUGGGCGUUUGAGCAUUAUGAUACUGGCAAAGGAUUCAAUGCUGGUUACAGAGGCUGGGCCAGCGCCGCCGAUGCUGCGAGCCAUUUGUUCUUUGCUUAUCUGCGCUCGUUGUACCCUGACCCAGCGAAAGGACCCAAGGGUAUCAUAGGACUUCCCACUUCACUUCAGCAGCUCGUGCAGGCCACAGAGUAUCCGCCAGAAGCCCCAACCCUCAUGUUCAAUGAGGCUACAAAGGUUGUCAUGGUUGUCAAUAGUGUCUCGCCGACACCAUUUGCGCUCCUCCGCCGGGCCAAGAAUUUUGAGUAUAGAGAUGAUGACAGCGCCUUGCAGCAAUUUUCCAAUUAUGAUGAUCCGGUGCAAGCUUUGACCGAGGAGUGCAGACGAGUUCUGAAAUAUAUUUCCUCUACAAACCACUCAACCAUCUCGACGUCCAAAGCCUCUACCAGUCUUCGAGAUGCGUCAUGGUCAAGGUUCGAGGAUGUGGGUUUUGGCGCAGCGGUAGACGAGUCCGACGGAGAUGAUGACGGUGAUGGUUCUAUGCUUGGUCCAAAAGGCGAGCCCGAUAGUCUGAGGCGGCGAGCGCUGUCACAGAAUUGGGAUAUGGGCCGACCAACGACACCUUCUUGGGCGGAUUUUCUCUCUACUGGCUUCGAUGAGAAUGGUGAUAAGACGGCCUCUUCGAUCCUGUUGCCUCCAGACAAAGUCCUACCUCCUAUCCAUACCACUCCCCGCGGCCAGAGCUCUCAGUCACACCGACGAAACAUGAAUCCAGAAGCUGACCUGGAGCCCGGCGAACUGGCAAGGAUUGACAAAAUAGCUUUGGAUGAUUCUUUCUGGUGGGUGUGGAUCAGCAGUCUUGCAGUCGAAGAACCCACUUCACGAAAAGCAGUAUUUGGUAGAUGUGCACUGAUUGAGACUGUUAUACGUGGUGGGAAAUGGAUGAUCAUGGAGGAACAGGUCAAAGGCGCCGCACCAGAACCUGCACCAGGAACCUACAUCGCAAAGAAAAAAGGAUUUCUUGGCUUUACAACCAAGCGAGGACGGCUAACGAGGAUAUCGACGCCUAAGCAGAGAGCGCCACUAAGCGAUCCUUACAUGGAUGCCGAUAGUAUUGCGCCCAUCAACAGAACCAAUAUUACACCAGAUCAACAUGCCAAAAUACAAGCGGCAGCUGUAAAGCUAUAUCGCCGGAAUCAAGAGCAGGAUCGACUGGCGAAUAGCCCUCGUAGAGGCCGGCACGAAGACGAUCCAGACAAAACAGACAGCGUUUUGACGCUUCAACCUAUGCUAAUGAAGGAAGCAACGCAAGCGAUGCAGUGGGCUAGCCAAUAUGAUAAAAAGGAUUUCAUGGCCCAGUAUCUUGGAAAGGACCAGGCCAGCAGAGGAAGCACUCCUGAUCUGCCAGCAGCGCCAGCAGCGCCAGCAGCGCCAGCAGCAAACGGCUCGAUUGCAAACCACUCCGCUGUGUCUUUUGCCGAGCCCCCAAAACGAGAUGAGCUACCCACACCACCUGAAAGAAUCGCUCUCCCAAGCUCGCCGACACUUACUUCGAAAUAUAUCCCUCUCGCGGUGCUGCCGGCUCCUACACCUCCGAAGCAUGUUUCCCUGCCAAAGACUCCAAGUCCUCCACCAGCUCAAGAUAGUCAUCUUCCUUUACUACCGAGUCCUCCACCUUCCACCAUAGUAAACCAGAAGCCGGUCCCUGCCCCAUCUACGGAGGUCACCGAAACAACCACUGCAGCCUCUGGCGAGCCGGCGGCCACAUCAUUACCGCAGCCACCAAGGCCAGUUGCGAUUGAUCGUCAGACCCCACAACCUCAAGCUGCAAUUCCGAGAAAAGCUCUGCCAUCUUCACCAGAGAUGAAGGCGGGGAAAAGAAGACCCGCAGGAGCAGGCAUCAAAGGCAUGUUUGGCGGCAGACGCGUCAAAGAGGCAUCGUUCACGCCACCGGUCUCCCCUCCCAUUGAGAACGGUCCAGCAAUUGCAGCAGCACGCGCUGCCCUUGCAGUCAAAAGCAAACCUCAGCCAAAUGGCCACUCUGUACAUCAAGCUAUCACACAAGCACAUAAUGAGACGCCCAGUCCUGCUCAUGGCCGAUCACAAAGACCGCUUACCCCACCGUCGGAGCCAGCCUGUGAAGCCCCUGACACUCCACCGGCAUCAGACCGCGUGCCCUCCGUAACAGCUGUUCCACAUUCUGACGAUGCUCCCAAGAUGCCUUAUGCUGCAGAGGGUGAGAACCUCUCUCGUGCAGCCACCCACGAACGAGAACAAGCGGAUCCUGUACGUUCGACCUUUGAUCAAGGGCCGCUCAUCGAACAACCUGCUUUCAUACCCCCGGAGUCUCCUGUUCGAUCGGAGCAGAUUACACCUGCAACAGAAGAGCCAUUCCAACAGAUUCCCGGCGCUUUCGUGAGCCAGGCCGAAAAGGAUGAAGCCGACGAAGCCAAUGAAGCCAAGGAUCUUACCAGACAAAUUUCUCCUGUUCAAGAUCGAUGGGCACAGAUCAGAAAGAACGCUGCAGAGCGUGCAGCAAAGCAAAUUGAGGAACAGAGUCGACAAAGUGAGCUGAAGACAGAUGAGGGUGCAAUUAGUGGCGAAGAGACAAUCGAGUCCAGAGUCGCACGAAUCAAAGCACGCGUGGCCGAAUUGACAGGCAACAUGGAGGCUUCGCGACGCUAG